AUGAGUCUCACCUCUCUCCAAGUUGGGGAGGAACCCCCGUCCGUCUCCCUCAGUGCUCCAGACGGCUCCCCCAUUCUUCAGCCUUCCAUCACCGUCGCGGCCAAGAACCAGACUGACCCGCGGCUUCUCGAGUACCCGCCCGAGAUCCUUUUGAUGAUCCAUUCGUUCCUGCCCGUCCCAUCGCAAGCCUGCCUCGCACUCACCUGCAAGACGCUUUAUAAUCUCUUCGGAAACAGCCUCCAGCACCCGGACCUCGCUUGGCCAAAAGGGAUCUUCGAGCAAGGGUCUGCCGCCUAUGGAUUGCCAAAGAUAGCUCUUCGAACCCAGUUCCUCCUCCAGCUGAAGACGCCCGACAAUCCAUUCUGCGUCGCCUGCCUCAAGCUCCAUCACCGCAACGAGUUCCCCGAGAACGUCUGGGAUAUUCCGAAAAUUGAGCGAAAGUGCGGAUUUGGCAUAAAUGUCGUCGAUCUGUGCCACUGCCUCGCCCUGACGCCCAUGACCGGCGCGAAGAUCAGAGAAUGGCUUCGCAGCGGCAUCGCUCCAACGAACCUUGACCAGCGUAUCCUUGAUGUACUUCAACUCGACGACAGGAACCCCCAUCGGGCACUCAGACACCGCUGCAUGGCCACGAACCGCAGACACGGCACCCUCAGGCUGGAAAUCCGCGCAGAACUCGUGGGAGAUGAGGACAAUGAUGACAAUGAUGACAAUGAGCGCAAUGAGCGCCUAAUGGUGUGCACACGCCACAGUCUGGCAAUCACCCAGGACGGCAUAAGACAGGGAUGGGAACAGCUCGGCGCAGUGUUUAGCCCGCAAGAGUCCGUGUUCGGCUGCCCACACUAUAACCUCAUACACAUCGGCUGGUACAAUCCGGAUACAGCGGCGCAUAUUUGCCAGUAUUGUCCAACGGCCUUCUUCUUCCUCGGUAACAUACCCACCGAAUACGAAUCCAAAUCCGAGUCCGAAUCAGCUUUUGUCUGGAGGUCUUUCAGGAACCUAGGCUCGAACGCGUACUCGAGACCGUGGCAGACGAAUGGGCGUUGUUGCUCGGAAGAGAGGAGGCAGAUGAAACGCUGUUUGGAGUCACUGAAUAUGUAUUAG